AUGUCAUGUAAUGUAGCUCUGGCCGGUACAAUACUUCAUCAUGAACCAGCUCUAGUCGGUACAGUACUUCAUCACGAACCAGCUCUAGCCGGUACAGUACUUCAUCAUGAACCAGCUCUAGCCGGUACAGUACUUCAUCAUGAACCAGCUCUGGCCGGUACAGUACUUCAUCACGAACCAGCUCUAGCCGGUACAGUACUUCAUCAUGAACCAGCCGGUACAGUACUUCAUCAUGAACCAGCUCUGGCCGGUACAGUACUUCAUCAUGAACCAGCUCUGGCCGGUACAGUACUUCAUCAUGAACCAGCUCUAGCCGGUACAGUACCCCAUCAUGAACCAGCUCUAGCCAGUACAGUACAUGAACCAGAGUUUGUAGUUGUGUAA